AUGACCAUCGGAGCUCAAGAAGCGCCUCUGCCUUUCAACUUGACGGACUUAGACCGGCAGAUUCUAGCUCAAACAGACGACGAGUUCCGCCCACAUACAUGGGAUGAGCUGAAGCAUAUCAUUGCCCAACAUAGGUUGGAUGUCUUGAAGCGCAAGCCAUCGGAUCUAAGACGGUAUCUGAAAUGGUCUAGUGAAACCAAGGCAAAAUAUGGCAGUGUGCCUAACUACGUGAUGGAAGAGAGAUUGGGAUGGAACCCACUACCAACCUCGACACCAGAGACAGGGCCCCGCUUCGCAGUACAAGAUCCAGUACCAUUCGAAAAUGCGGCCGACUACAGAAUCAUGCCUAAUGACUGGCCUUAUGGCAUGGAUCCAGGCAUUAGACACUUGAUAGUCUGGUUGAAGGGACGCCUCGACUCAGAGCCGACAAGAGGGGACAUGACUCCAAAGUCAAGACAACAGAUUCAAGCUUUCAUUCAGAAGACGUUCGUUGACCGGGUCGAGGGCUUACCCGGGGCCGGAGAGAAAGUCAUGUGGUUCAAGAACUGGACUGCUCUGCAAUCGGUGCCUGGGAUGGAACACGUGCAUGUCCUUGUUCGAGACGUGCCACAAGAGAUCAUCGACGAAUGGACAGAUGGCGAGACGAUGAAGCAAGACUGA